GCCUCCACUACCUUAGCUACUCCAUUCCUCAUGGCCGGCACCAAACGCUCCUGGGACGGCCAACCACUCCAAGACGAGCCCAACCCCAUUGCCACCCACACAACCCAACCACCUCAACAGCCUCCCACCAUGGCGUCAGCACCACCAGCAGCAGAAGAACCCCCCGCCAACCCCAUCAUCACCAUGUUCGAGACCUUCCGCGACGAGCUGGACGAGCACCACGACCGCCGCGAGCGUUUGAUCAAAAUCAGUCGGGACAUUACAGCUUUGAGCAAGAAGAUCAUCUUCUCCCUCCAAAGAAUCCGCACCCUCCCCACUCCCCUCCCCCCCUCCAUCUCCAAAGAAACCACCACGCGCUUCGCCCAAAUCAACACGCUCUUCCAAUCCGCGCUGCCCGAAUUCCAGCACCCGCCGAACUUCUGGCGCUACCAGCGCUCCCUCAGCCCGGGCAUCCAGGAAUUCAUCGAGGCGGUGUCUUUCCACCACUACCUGACCACACAGACGCUGAUCACGAAGGCCGAGGUUGCGGAGCGGCUGCCCGCGGGGAUCCUGGUCACGGAUGAGGAUUAUUUGAUGGGGCUGUUUGAUUUUACCGGGGAGGUGAUGCGGUUUGCUGUUACGGGGUUGUCGGCGGGGGCUUCGCCUUGUGGAGGUCAGGGAGGUAAGCAGGGGGUUGAUGGGGAUGGGGAUGGGGAUGAGACAGAGACAGGGACAGAGAUAGCGAUAGGAAAGAAACUCCCCACUGAGCAAGCGGGCAUUGUGGUCGAUCUGCGGGGUAUGAGGUCUGCGUUUGAGGGGUUGACGGUCACGAGACGGCAUACGAACAUGUUUCGGGAUCUGGGGAAGAAGGUUGAUGUGAUGCAGAACAGUGUGGAGAAGGUCGAGAGGGCCGCGUAUGGGAUUUUGGUGCGUGGGAGUGAGAGGCCGAAGGGCUGGAGGCCGGAUUUGGCCGUUGCCGCUGGGGGGGACGAUUAUUAGCUGGCUUGCUUCGGAGUGUUCUACAUACUCUAGUCUACCUUCCCAUGGUAAGGUGGC